AUGCAGUUCCUCAAGUUCGCCGCCGCGGCCGCCGCUUUGCUGGGCCAGGCCGCCGCCUUUCCCCCGAGCUUCGGCGUCCCGCCCGCUCAGCCGGAGUCGAAUGGUUGCGUCGAUUCCGAGGUGCCCUACAUCCGGUCGUACUUCUACGUCGGAGGCGGCUACGUCGAUGACGGCUCCGGCGGCCACAUCUUCCGCGACCAGAUGUACGUCGAAAAGCUGCUCCCUGUCAAUGGCGUCUCCCAGGAAACACCGAUCGUCCUGAUCCACGGACAGGCCCAGACGGGAAGCAACUUCCUCAACAAGCCCGAUGGCGGCCGAGGCUGGGCUUCCCACUUUGUCCGACAGGGCUAUGAGGUCUACAUCGUCGACCAGACGUUCCGCGGCCGCUCCGCCUGGAUGCCCGGCUACGGCGCCUCCAAGCCGUCGACGUACUCGGCCGAGAUCAUCCAGCAGCGCUUCACCGCCGUCAAGGAGUACAGCCUCUGGCCCCAGGCCGCCCUCCACACCCAGUGGCCCGGCACCGGCAUGAUGGGCGACGACGUCUUCGACGCCUUCUACAGCUCCAACGUUCAGUUCGUCAACAACGCCACCUACCAGCAGAAGACGGUCCAGGAUGCCGGCGCCCUGCUGCUCGACAAGAUCGGCCGGCCCGUCGUCCUCCUCGGCCACAGCCAGGGCGGCCUCAUGCCCAUCGUCAUCGCCGAUGUCCGCCCAGAGCUGACCAAGGCCCUGAUCCUCCUCGAGCCCACCGGCCCGCCCUUCCAGGAGGCCGUCUUCAGCAACAAGUCGUCCCGCGCCUACGGCCUCACCGACAUCCCCGUCGCCUUCUCCCCCGAGGUCUCGGACCCGGCCGUCGACCUCGUCCAGCAGACCUUCGCCGCCAAGGGCGACGGCUUCGUCCAGUGCGUCCUGCAGGCCGAGGAGCCCGCGCCGCGCCGCCUCGUCAACCUCGCCGACAAGCCCAUCCUGCUCGUCACGUCCGAGGCGUCGUACCACGCGCCCUACGACCACUGCACCGUCGAGUUCCUCCAGCAGGCCGGCUGCGCCAAGGCCGAGCACCUCGAGCUCGGCGAGGCCGGCAUCCACGGUAACGGCCACAUGUUCUUCAUGGAGAAGAACAGCUACCAGAUCCAGAAGGUCAUCCGUGACUGGAUCCAGGCCUUGUAA